AUAACUAAGCGGAGGUAAUCGGGACUACCAACAGUAACUAUUACCCCCAACCAACCCUCCCCUUAACAGUGACACCUCUUACAAAAACGCUGUGUUUGUUGCUGUCUUUCCCUGCCAAAACGGUGAGAACCAUUCUGCUCACAAGAGACGGAGUCGCUUUCGAAGUAAUGGAUGAAAGAACAGAAGUUGAAGAAAGAGAGAGAGUGGAAGAGGUGAAGGAAGGAGUAGCAUCAAUAGCAUUAUUGCCAUGUGGGUCCAUCUCUGGGCACUUCAUUCAUGUUCCUCACUCUAUCUGCUAUGGCCUUCACGGCACUGAGUUAUCUUGCGAAAGGGAAUGCAGCAGAGGGGAGGAUUAUCGGUUGAUCAAGCUCACAGUCAUUGACUACAAUGUACAAGCUAGAAAGAAAGAACAAGCUGUUGUAGUCGAGUGUAGAGGCCAUGAUGCUGCUCGGUUCCACAACAUUGAUCAUGCUCAUGGUUGGGAGAAGGAUGUUGUAGGAAUGGUUGAACAAAAGCAUGGGAAGAAUAAGAUUCAAGUUUCGUUUGAAUGUGAGACACUGAAAGCCGAUAAAGCAGCUGAAGAUCAUAUUAAGCAGUUCAUGCCCAAACUAGCUGGGAUGGAUGCUGUUGUUAAUAUUGGAAGGAUGCGCAUAUCAGGAUUGGACUUUGAAGCAGAGGAGAACCUUUAGGCAGAGAUAUGAUAGAAUGAAUAAAAAAUUGUUCUUAUGGCAUAUAUUGCAUAGACCUAAUAUACAAAAUGAAAUGAACCUUUUUCGUUGAUGCUGAAUUUUGACACCAACUAUUCGUAUGUGUAAAGUGCUAAGCAAACUUAGAAAUUACACGUGAAUUGGAAA